AUGGAUAUUAUUACAGCCACGGAAUCCUCUGCGUUAAAAUUAGAAUACAACAAUAAAAUUGAAAAUGCCCAAGACCUAAGGAAAAAUGUUUUAAGAGAACUAAAAACCGGAAAAAAAUUAAAUAAUAAUCUUACAAAAGAACAAUGGAAAGCUUAUAGAGAAAUAAAAGAGGAAAAAAACGUUGACAUAUAUCCAUUCGACAAAGGGACAGGUUUUGUACGAAUCGAACAUUCAAAAGCCUUGGAAAAAAAUUCGCGAACAAAUAGGCCCAACAAAAAUAAGGAAUACGAAAAAAUAUAUCCUAGUGAUCCCAUCCCGCCUCGUAUGUAUGGUGUAAUCAAAGCCCACAAACCUGAAAAAUUCUAUCCUAUGAGAAUAAUUAUCUCCACAAUCGGCACAGCAAACUACGGAAUAUCUGAGUUCUUAGUUAAGAUAAUACAACCAGUUUUGAAUGAAAACUUGACAAGAUUAAAAAAUUCCUUUGACUUUAUUAAAAAAGCUGAAUCUUGGAAAAUUGACAAUAAUGAAGUUCAGGUAUCUUUUGAUGUCGUAAAUCUGUAUCCGUCGGUUCCUUUAAAAGAAGCCACCCUUGUUCUUAUAGAAAAAUUAAAUAAUAAUACAACAUAUAAAAAACUAACAAGACUAAGUAUACCUGAGAUAAAACAACUUAUAGAACUUUGUUUAUUUCAAUGUUAUUUUCAUUGGAACAAUGAAAUUCAUAUAAUGGAAAACUCGGGUCCAAUUGGACUUUCGUUCAUGGUCGUUCUUGCAGAAUCAUUUCUACAAUUCCAUGAAAACAAUGCAAUUAAAGUUGCACUAAAUUUCAACCCUGCACUUAACCUCAAAUCGUUCUUAAGAUAUGUCGAUGAUAGUCACGCAAGGUUUCCAGAUCUCAACCAAGCAAAACAUUUCCAAUACAUUUUAAAUCAACAACAUCCUUCCAUCCAGUAUACAAUUGAAGUUGAAAACGAGUUAGGAACACUAAAUUAUCUGGAUAUACAAAUUAUGAAUAAAAAAACAGGAAAGUAUGAAUACGCAGUAUAUCGGAAAGAUGCUAUCACUAACAUUCAAAUUAAGCCACACUCAAAUCAUGAUCCAAAUAUCUUGAACUCUAUUUUUAAAGGAUUUCUCCACCGAGCUUACUCAAUCUGUAUUUUUGCAACUGCUUCACACUUAUACCAGUUCCCACUUAUAGCAAUUCACACUUAUGCGAAUGUUUGUAAAUCUAUUUAG